AUGGCGCCUCUCUCACCAACCACGACGAACCCAUUCCCCAACGACAACCCCAACGACUCCGACUCCCACCAAUUCACGGCCGAGCAACGCUUCCACGGCGCCUACUCGUACGCCCUGGUGCACAUGCGCUCGAACAUGCGCCUCGAGAAUCCCGCCUUCAUGAUCCCGACCUACAGCAUGCUCGUCGCCUGGAAGCCCACCAUCACCAAGAUGGAGUGGGCGGCUUUGGCGCACGACAUCAAGGCGGGUUCCGAGGACUUUGCGCCGUACGUACCUAUCCUCUCUCCCAUUCAAUGUGCAACGACACAGGUAUUGAGUAGUAGACUGACCUGCGAACAGACACGACUGCAUCAGAGACGGCGUCGGCGUUCUCAUCGACGACGCGGCGAGAAUCUCGCGUGGAGAGCAGCCUUGGUUCCUCCCUGGCGCAAUGCUUCGUUGAUUUCUUGUCAUUGA